CAUAAAAAGUUGAAAAAGAAAGAAAAGUGUGCAUAACAUGGGUCACGUAAUCCUUUGACUGCACAACGACCACAAAGAAAUGAUCCUUUCUUGUUCGUCAUCAUCAUCUCUUUCUCCCAGCGCUCGAUGCUCAUCCAACAGAACCCCACGUGCCAAACUCUCACCGCCGUCCGAUCAUCCGCCAUCACGGGUCAACGCAAACCGGAGCCCCGACGAGUCUCCGGCGCACCUGGGCAGUUCAUGCACGUGCGGAAGAAGAAGGCUCUUCAUUGAAGCAGCAGCCACAUCUUUUCUUCCCUUUUCCCCAUCCAACGCCUCCGAUUACACGACAAUGUUAGAGAAGGUUCACCCUCCUAGACCAGAUUGGUAUGAGGAGUUUUAUGCUUCUGUUUUGGAUACAAGCAUGAAAGCUUAUGAAGCUGAGAUUUCAGGUUACAAGGCCGAGCUCUUUGCUAAUUUUAAGGGAAAGGCUCAGAAAGUGUUGGAGAUUGGCAUUGGGACAGGUCCUAAUCUGAGGUAUUACGCUGGAAAUGAUGGUGUCCAAGUUUUCGGAGUUGAUCCUAAUAGAAAGAUGGAAAAGUAUGCCAAGGCUGCCGCAGCCGCCGCUGGCCUGCCGCCUCCGAAUUUCGAGUUUAUACAAGCGGUUGGGGAGGCUUUACCACUAGGUGAUGCUUCUGUGGAUGCAAUUGUUGGAACCCUUGUAUUAUGCUCUGUUAAAGAUGUUAACAUGACCUUGAAAGAGGUUAAACGAGUGCUCAAACCAGGUGGGCUUUAUCUAUUUGUGGAGCAUGUGGCAGCAAAAGAAGGAACAACUCUCAGAUUCAUACAGAGAAUUCUUGACCCUUUACAACAGACUCUUUCUGAUGGGUGUCACCUCACAAGGGAAACUGGAAAGCACAUAUCAGAAGCUGGGUUUUCAGAUCUCAAGCUUAGCACGGCUUUCUUAUCUAAUGCCUCACUUAUAAACCCUCAUAUCUACGGAGUAGCUUGCAAGUAAACGCCACAAUUAACAUGGAUAGAUUUUUCUCUUUUGGAGGCAAUAAUUAGCAUGUGUAUAUUAAAAUCCAAUGUUUUAAUAUAUCUUCACAAAAAAAGUACAUGGCCAAUGAUAAUUAACAAUAAUAAUUGUUAUUAUUGUUAUUAUUUUUUUUUUUAUGACAUAAGGUAUAUUUGGACCAUUGUAAAUAUAGUUAUGGGAUGGCAAAAGUUGGUGGAAAAAAACUAAUUAUACUAGGCGUUUUUUGUCCAUUACAGAAAGGCAAAGUCUGAGAAAAUGUUUUGUUCCUUUUCUUGUCCUUAAGCCAUCAAACAAGUUGAAUGAAUCAUGGAAUAUCUCAGGACAAAAAAAGAGUAGA